CUUUCAUCUCACCAAAUAACAAAAACCCCUUACCCCCACCCAUUGCAAACGCCCCGAACCAUAUAAAGAUGUCUGUAAUCCGCCCAUUCGACCCCACCGACGUUCUACGCUUUAACAAUAUCAACCAAGACCCCUGGACAGCUACUUACCACAAUGGCUAUUACGCUACCUACGCGCUCCAAUGGCCAGACUGGUGCGUCUCUGUAGAAGACGCAUACGACCCAUCCCUCAAAGCCUACAUGAUCGCGAAGAACGAACCGCCUGCACCCGAUCCCCAACAUCACGGCCACCUCACAGCGCUUUCCAUCACCCCUUCUCAUCGCGGUCUUGGACUUGCGAGGGUGCUUAUGGAUAUAUUGGAGAGGCUGUCGGCGCCGGGGGAGAUGGCGGGGCCUUGUGAUCAUGGGCAUGGGCACGAUCACGGGAAUGAGCAUGUGCACGAGCACCAUGACCAUGAAGGGGAUUGCGGGCAUGACCACUCCCAUUCCCACUCCCACGAACAAGAAGAACACCACCACGAAAUGAUCCCCAUUAACGCCGGCAAAGAUUCCGUCGACGCCUAUUUCGUGGACCUCUUUGUGCGAUGUAACAAUAAGCGGGCGACGGAGAUGUACGAGAAGAUGGGGUAUAGUGUUUAUCGGAGAGUUGUCGACUAUUAUCAAGGGAUGGAAGGCGUUGGGUCGAAUAGAGAUGAAUUAGACGGGUUCGGUACGUCUCUCAUCUCUCCCACCUCUAUCCGUCAUGAUAUCGACGCUGACUACUUUUCAGAUAUGAGGAAAUCAAUGCCCAAAGAUAUCAACAAUCGCUACACAAGACCGAACGGCAGAGAUAUUCUAGUAUCCCCGGAUCAGGUCUGGUCAUAAUCACAUAUUGACAAAUGCAUGUUGUACGAGUACAGUACAACAGUAUCAUCCUUA